ACACUCGUGUUUCCAACUGCUGGGUGACCCCGGGGAUUAAUGAGAUAAAUAAAGAAGAUAAACGAGUGUUUAAAGGAUGAUGUUUUCAGCCUGAAACAGAGAUGCUCUCUGUUUUAUUUCGAAGAAGCACCUUUGCAGCCCAGAAGGUGUGGCAUUGGGCAGGUCCUCCACAAAGAUGCCGGACAUCCACCCUGACCGGGGUCUCUGGUGGAGGAUCCAGCUCCCUGCAGACCUGCUGGGCCUCAACAGCAAAGCUGCCAUUUUCACAAAGGGACGACGGACAAGUAAAACAUUGUGCUACCCUCUGUGUCAGGACGAUUGAGCUCCUCCAGAGGACCCAGACUCAGUCAGCUCCAUUUUCAGUGAAGAAUCGUCAUUUCCACUCCUCUGCUGCGCGGCUGAAGAAGCGACCACCACAGCCUGAAGCUCCCAGAGAGCUGGAUCUGCUGCGCUAUGACAUGAAAGACUUGUGGAAGGGUCCCAAACCCGCCUUGUACUUGGGGUUUGCAGGGCUGCUCCCCUUUGUUGCCCCCACUCUGCUCAUGGGUGUGACGGAGAAUUACUAUCCAGAGUUGGCCUACGCUCAGUUAGCUUAUGGCGCCUCCAUCAUUUCCUUCCUGGGUGGAGCUCGCUGGGGAUUCACUCUUCCUGAGAGCAGCCCAGCUAAACCUGACUGGAUAAAUCUGGCGAACAGUGUGGUCCCCUCCCUGCUGGCCUGGGUGAGCAUGCUGAUGAGCGACAACAUUGUGUCCACAGCCACCAUGGUCAUCAUGGGACUAGCAGUCUCGCUGCAUUAUGAUCUGUCUCUGCUGCCCACUUACCCCAGCUGGUUCAAAGCCCUGCGCGCCACCCUGACCAUUGUGGCAUUUAUUUCUCUUGUUGGUACUCUCAUAGUUCAUGAAGUAUACCCGGAAAAGAAGCUAUUCUCAGAUUAAAUAGCAUAAAGAAAUGUAGAACUAUAAAGCCACCAUGUUUUUUUUAACUUUGGUGAUCAUAUUUCAAGAGUUUUUUCUUGAUGUUGAGUUUUCCACCUCUAUUCUGUCUCAGUCAAGCAGCUGAAGUUGUGUAUUUUAAAUAUACCAGAAACUGCUGGCCUGUGCAAAGGCAGAACAGAAUGUAAUUAAUAUUAUGUGCACCUCUCAUAAUAGGGGUGCAAUGGAAUUAUAAUCCUGAUUUUCCCCGUCAGGCCCUUACUUUAAAGCCUCUGUGUUUAAGUUCUGUACGUUAAUGUAGCAUCUUUCUUUUAAGAUGAAAUACAUUUUUAUCAGUUUUUUUAAGUCGCCAAACUCAGACAAUUUUCAAAUGCCAUAUAUCAAAAGAACUGAAUAAACUAGACUGACAAUGUGGACGUUUUUGCCGAAUGAAUGUCAAAUAAA